GUGACCAAUCCCCGCACCCGGAAGGAGCUGGAGCUGCAUGUACUCUUCGUUAGCAGGUACCUUCAAUGACACUAUGCCCUGGACUUUGGUUUGAUUCAAAUUCCCGACCUGGUACAUACAGCCACGUUUCUCUCUCGCUUGUGAUUGUGUGCAUUCUAUCGCCUUUCUUGCUCUCUCUUCUGAAUUCCCAUCUGGCUUGUUUACUUUCUUCCUUCCAGUCCGUCAAACUGCCUAGACACACGUAGCCCGCAAUGGCGUCAUCAUUCAACGUUGCCGACCUGGCCGAGUAUAUCGAUCUGGACAAGCAGAGCCUAUUGAUCUCGGCAGGGUCAAUCAUCUUCAACCCGCUCUUCUGGAACAUUGUCGCUCGUCAAGAAUACCACAAUAAGGUCCUGACAAGGCUGUUCGGGGGCAGACCCUACCCGGCCUGCUAUGCCCUCGCCGUGACCAUCUUCUCGCUGGGUCUCCUCCGCGAUUGGCUGUACAAGACGGCCCUGUCCGAGCAGCCCUCGCACCCGCUCCUGGAGACGCUGUACUCGCAAGCUGCCGGAUACACCCUGUUCAUCAUCGGCAACAUCCUGGUCGUCUCGUCGACGUGGCGCCUGGGCAUCACGGGCACCUUCCUGGGCGACUACUUUGGCAUCCUGAUGGACGAGAUGGUGACGGGCUUCCCCUUCAACGUGACAUCGGCCCCGAUGUACUGGGGCUCGACGAUGAACUUCCUGGGAACCGCGCUCGUCUUUGGCAAGCCUGCUGGUAUUGCGCUGACCGUCGGCGUGCUCGUCGUGUACAUCAUCGCCCUGCGGUUCGAGGAUCCGUUCACUGCUGGGAUUUACGCCAAACGUGAGCGCGAGCGUGAGGCGGCCAAAUCUGGCAAGAAGCAGAAAUAGAGAGAGAAAAAAAAAUGGCCCUC